CACACUCAAGAGACAGACACUCAAGACACACUCAAGAGACAGACACUCAAGACGCAGACACCCAAGAUGCAGACACUCAAGACACACCCAAGACGCACUCAAGAGACAGACACCCAAGACGCAGACACUCAAGAGACAGAGACACGUAGGGACACACACACACACACAGACACAAAGACUGAGACAGACGCAAACAGACAGACAUAGAGUCACAAAGACCCGUUGAGACUCGCAGAGAGACAUAAAAGACACACGGACAUCGAGACUCAGAGACGUAAUCAGAGACAUCGAUACUAAGACAUAGAGACUCAAACACAUCGGGACUCGUAUACACACAGACUCAAAUAAACUCACAGACACAUACAUACAGACAUAUCACUAUAGACACAGACGCACAGGGAGACACAUAUGCAGGAAACAGGGGAGAAUUCACUGUAACCCAGUGGGAAUCGACGCCAAACCACAUAGCCCCUGGACAUCACCACACCUGGCUGCCCCGGCGGCCCAGGUGAUGGUGCCCGAGUCUCCUUCAAAAAAGAAACUUCUGGUCUCAUUUUCCAGCUCUUACCUGGUAAUCAAGCAUGGCUCGUCGACGGCUCGAGGAGGCGGUGAACACAGCGCGGGAGCUCAAUGAGAAGCUGGAGCUGAUGAAGCCGGAGCAGAGCUUGCAGCAUCCCCAGCAUGUGCCCCUGCACCGGGACAGCUAUGGCAUCUACAGCCUGCAGUUCUCCCACAGCGUGCGCAAGCUGGCCGUCGGCUUUGGCAAUGGGGCUGUGCAGGUACUGAGGGUGCCGGAAGGAACCCCACAGGCAGACCUGUGCCUUGGCCACCCAAAGCGACAGGCAGUCACCUGCAUGGCCUUCCACCCCAAGAACAUGGACCUCUUGGUGGCCGCGUCCGCUGACGGCAGCGUCAACGUUUACAAUAGCGAGACGAGCGAGUGUAUCCUGUCGUUCACUGAGGAAGGAAAUGAAAUCAAUGGACUUGAUUUCUGUCUGGAUGGAAGCGUUUACGCCACCUGCGGAAAGGAUAAGAACAUCCGCGUCUACGACAGUCAAACAAAUCAGAUGGUCCAUAUGUACGAAGCACCUGAUAUUUCCUGUGAAGACAUCAGCCUGACCAGUGGGCAUUCCCGUAGGAUAUUUGCACUCAAGUUUCAUCCUGAAGAAUUGCACUACUUCGUCACAGGGGGAUGGGACAACUCUCUGAAGAUCUGGGACAAGAGGAUAACGAGCUCUGCUCGGAAGCUUAUCAUCGGUCCACACAUAUGUGGCCCAGGCAUCGACAUCAAAGGCAACAAGGUUUUGACUGCGUCAUGGGUGGCCCAGAAUUCGCUGCAGCUGUGGGACUUUGGCAGCUGCAAGCAGGAGAAGCAGAUCCCCAUCCCGAGCGAGCCGCAGCAGGGCGAGUUCUUGUAUGCCGCCCAGUUCUGCAGCCACGACGUUGUCAUCGCUGGUGGCAGUGGCACGAACACUGCUCAUGUCAUCAACUACAAGACUGACCAGGUGCUGGGCAAUGUGCCAAUAGGAAAGGCUGUGCAGGCACUGGAUACUGCUCUCGGGGGGAAGCACAUUGCUGUUGCUGGAGUUGGUGGCAAUCUUCAUCUGACAUCCUUAGUUUGACUAUGUAUGUAUCUUUGUAUGUAUGUUGAACGUCUUUCGCACCAUACGUAGCCAACCGUGCUAAUCGGAGGUGCGACAAUGUGAGACCUUAGAAAGCAACCUACUGCCUUGCUUCGCGCACGCUGGUGGCAAUGAAAAUAGAUCAAUUCAACUGAGUCAACAAACGCGAAUGUUCUACACUGCCCCACAAACUAACACAAUAUGCCAUUAUGCUGAAACUCUCGACUGAUAAAUUUUGAUUUAAAGCUUUCGUGACUGCAGUAAUUCAUAUUCUUAGCUCUUUCGGUAAAGUCACGUUGAAGGGAAACAAUAAAAUAAUAAUAUAUAUAAAACAAUAAAAAUUCUCACGACGUUUCGACCAUAACACAAACGGUCGUCAUCGACUGAUAGUUUAAUUUUGUAAGAUCAAAAACAUUUUUAAAUUGUCAGCCCGUUGCAGUGGGUAGAUCAUUGCCCCGAUGCGAUAUGUAUUAAAUGUUAAGUGCCACUAUAGUGCACAUUGUUUUUCUCAUUGAUGAUUGUAAUGUACAUGUGCACACGUGCAUUUCUCUGUGCAGACGCGCUGUGCUGCUCAUCUCAAAGUAGUCUGAUACGGCUGGGUGGCUAGAUUCUGAGAUAAUUCAGUAAUUAAAUGUCACAUGAAGAAAUAACAUUACCUUUUUUUCUUUGAGGCCAUCAGUUGCCCUCGCACAAGUACUCAUUUUGAACAUUAUAACACAUUAAAUUGGACGACACAUUCAUAUAACCAAAGGAGAGAAUGAACACGAGAGGAUAUUCAGCGCAGAGACAGCAAUCAAAUCACACUCUUUGGUUUUUUCGAUAAAGUCACGUCGGUAAAACUAAAACCUACGUGACUUUACCGAAAAAACCAAAGAGUAUGAAUCCUUGCAGUCACGAAAGCUUCAAAUCUAGAAGCAAUCAAAUCAGCUUGUGUGCAGGAGCUAGAUAGAUCGUUGCAUCACAAUACCACGAGAAUCAUAAUAUGAAUUUAAACUGGAGGAAUCCGAUGAGCUAUGAAGAUCUGUUUCACAGACGUCCAGUAGGGGCGAGUCAGAACAUUACAAAAACAAACUACACAAACACGAUAGGAGUGCAAAGUAUAGGAAAGGUAAGCAAAAGGUGGUGACGACUUUGGAAGGCCUUCAUCCAGCAGUGAAUAGAUAAUGGAUAAUAAUGAUUCAUAUCUAAAUGUGGCUUUGCUGACGAGGGCCAUGUGGUAGGAUGUGGAAAUUUCUAGGCAUCACAGCCCUUGCACAACUUACAAAUUCUAACUCGUGCACAGUAAUUGCUAUCUAAUGGCCACUUGCAGUGUUUGUUACAAAAAUCGAUGCCAUGACAAGGAGUGAAAAUAUGAUUUAGAUGGGGUUUUUUUUUUCUCCUUGUGGCUUGCACUUAAUUUUAGUAAGACUUUGGAAGGAGGACAAUAAUGUAUUGUUUUAGUUUUGUUUGGUCUUAGUACAAUUGUGUUGUUACGCUUCUAUGUAAUGUGUUUGAUACAUUGAUGUUAAGUUUGCUGUUCAAUAUGUAUACUGUACUUGAAUAUUUUGAUAGCAACGUCAUGUAAACCUAGCUUGCAAAUACAGUUUGUAUUUAAAUUGUCAAACUAAAUCCGUGCUAAACAAUAUAAAAGGAACAUAACUACAGUAGUAGGUAAGCCGUUGUAUUGUUGUUUACUGUUGAGUCACAUUUGUUUAUUGUCUUAAAUGAAAUAAUUGUCUUUUUUUUACGAAUAAAGUAAUACGGUGAGGAUUC